AUGGCACCAAGAAGACUCGGCGGUCGCUCCAACAAAGGGUUUCUCAGUUCUACCUACGAGACCUUCACAUCUUCCGAGAAUGCAUCCGUUGUGCGAAGUGUAGCCAUUUUCGGCGCAGCCGUUACUUUCCUAGCCAGUCCAUGGAGCGAAUACCUACUUCCACCUACGCCUUCACUGAAGGAUAGAUGGAAUACCGAACUAGAAGAAGAUUUGUACGAUACGAGAUCGGUUGUACCAGUUAUUCCCUAG